UUUUUUCCUAUUGUUUUUGGACAAAAUUACUGUUAUUGGUUAAGUAGUCCCUAAACAGAACUGGUACGUUUAUGGUGGGGAUUUAGGGAAAGUUUUCCUGUAAGUAAGUAAGGGACGGUUAAGUAAUUUUCAGCAUUAAGAUUGGCAGUUGGUUGGUGUGUCUUUUCACUGUGCCCUCUCUCUCUCGCUUCCUUGCUGAGAGGGAGAGAAUGUGUGUCUCUCAAAAUAGACACAUUGUAGAUUUGAUUGCUUUUGUGUUUAUAAUACUGAUUAUAGUUUCUGGGUUUUGAUUUUCCUUUUUAUUCUUUGAUUUAUUGGUGAAAGCUAUUGAGUGAAUAAAAAAGGAGAACAAAAAUGUCAAUAAAGAGUAGAGUAGGAGUAGGUGGUGGAGAGCUUGCUUCAAGGAAUUUUGUGCCAAAGAAUUGGGCUCUUCUCCUUUGCAUUAGUAGCUUUUUUGCUGGAACGUUCUUCACUAACAGGAUGUGGAAUAUGCCAGAACAAUUAAAUGUGGAGUCUCGGGAUUGCAAUCUGAAGCUUAAGGGUGCAAAUCGUCAAUACCACAGUCUAAGGCAAGUUUUAAAGGGCCAGCCCGCUGUCCAAACGCUAGAUAACAAGAUUUCAUCUUUAGAGAUGAAACUGGCAGCUGCUAAGGCAGAGCAUCAAUUUUUGUUAAAUGGCUCUCCUCCAUCAGGAAACUCCAAAAGGAAAUACUUUAUGGUCAUAGGAAUCAACACAGCUUUUAGCAGUCGGAAGCGAAGGGAUUCAAUUCGUGCUACUUGGAUGCCACAAGGUGAGAAAAGAAAGAAGUUGGAGAAGGAGAAGGGUAUAAUCAUUCGCUUUGUUAUAGGUCACAGUUCAACAGCUGGUGGCAUUCUUGACAAAGCUAUUGAAGCAGAGGAAAUGUCAAAUGGAGAUUUCUUGAGGCUGGAACAUGUUGAAGGCUACCUGGAAUUAUCAGCCAAGACAAAGGCGUAUUUUGCUACUGCUGUUGCUUUAUGGGAUGCAGAGUUUUAUGUCAAAGUUGAUGAUGAUGUCCAUGUGAAUUUAGCAACACUUGGAAUGACUCUAGCUGGACAUCGUAUGAAACCACGGGUUUACAUCGGUUGCAUGAAAUCGGGUCCCGUAAUUGCUAGAAAAGGAGUGAGAUAUCAUGAACCAGAGUACUGGAAAUUUGGAGAGGUGGGAAACAGGUAUUUUCGUCAUGCUACUGGACAGCUGUAUGCCAUAUCAAAGGAUUUGGCAACCUACAUAUCAGUAAAUCAGCAUGUGUUGCACAAAUAUGCAAACGAAGAUGUUUCAUUGGGAUCUUGGUUCAUUGGUUUAGAUGUGGACCAUGUGGAUGAUAGAAGACUCUGUUGUGGUACCCCACCAGAUUGUGAGUGGAAGACUCAGCUAGGCAACGUCUGUGCUGCUUCAUUUGAUUGGAAAUGUAGCGGGAUUUGCAAGUCUGUAGAGAGAAUAAUGGAAGUCCACAAACGAUGUGGUGAAGAUGAGAAUGCUUUAUGGACUGCAACCUUUUGAGACGAGCUGCCGGUUAUAUACCCUUCCAAACUCGGGAAGACAACUUGAGAAAGUUUUAGCAAAUUACGUUUCGUUUGACAUAUGCCUGCUUGGGCUGAGAAAAUGUAUGUAAUACCAAAUCAUAGUAGGAAGAACAGGAAAGAAACAAAGAAAUUCGAAAGCCUUGCAGCAGCGCCGCUAUGGAUUUCCUCCAUUUUGGGUUAAGGAGGUCAACCCCAGAUGCAGCAAGAAAUACUGAAGAGAGGCUAUAACAGUCAUUUUUUAAACGGUUUGAGGGUUGGUAAAUACUUGGUCCUCUACCAUGCCCCACUGAGGGAAAAAAAAAAGUUGUAUAUCUUUGUAGGCAGCCCCUUUCUGCCUUAUGCUGUAUAAAUAAAGAUGAUAGAAUGCAUAAAUCUUUCUUUUGUUUCUUA